GCACAGCCGGCCCAUUCGCUGGGGCCGGCUUGCAGAAUGUGGGUGGGAGGCCAAGGCCUGGACCAGAGGAGCAGCUGCACAGAUCGUUGCAGACAAUAGCUGGAUUGCCUGCUGAGGAGAGAGACCCUCGGAUCCCGGAUUAUUAAGACGACCAUGUUUGCUGUCCCUGGCGCUGAUUCAGCCUGAAAAUGCCAAAAGGCCUUUGAAGAGCACCAAUGGUGGAUGUUGAUGUUUGUAUCGGGGGAAAUAGCACCAGGAGAAAAAUGGAGGCCCUGACUGACAGCGCGUUGGAGAUUGUCCCUUCGGAGCACUAUGAUUCAGCCAGGGCAAAAAUAGCUGCUAAUCUACAAUGGAUCUGUGCGAAAGCCUACGGAAUAGAUAACAUCCCCGAGGACCUUAAAGAUCCAUUUUACAUAGACCAAUAUGAUCAGGAACAUAUUAAACCACCUGUUAUCAAGCUUCUGCUGUCCAGUGAGCUGUAUUGUCGGGUCUGUAGCCUCAUCCUGAAAGGGGACCAGGCAGCCGCAAUACAGGGACACCAGUCAGUUAUUCAGGCCCUGUCCCGGAAAGGAAUUUAUGUAAUGGAGAGUGAUGACACCCCAGUGACAGAAUCUGACCUCAGUUGUGCACCUAUAAAGAUGAGUUCUCAUAUGGCAAUGAUUGAUGCUUUAAUGAUGGCGUAUACUGUAGAAAUGAUCAGCAUUGAAAAAGUAGUAGCUAGUGUCAAACGUUUUUCAACAUUCAGUGCCUCAAAAGAACUACCAUAUGACCUUGAAGAUGCAAUGGUAUUUUGGAUAAAUAAGGUGAACCUCAAAAUGAGAGAGAUAACAGAGAAAGAGAUAAAAUUAAAGCAGCAGUUACUGGAAAGCCCAGCUCAUCAAAAGUCUCCUUCCAAAUGGUAUUGGAAAUUAGUACCUGUUCGCUAUCGACGAGAACAUCUUUCAAGUAGGCAGCUGCCCUACUUUCCAUUGUUGGAAGAUCUUAUGAAAGAUGGCAGUGAUGGUGCUGCUCUUUUAGCUGUGAUACAUUACUAUUGCCCAGAACAAAUGAAACUGGAUGAUAUUUGUUUGAAGGAAGUGACGUCGAUAGCAGAUAGUCUUUAUAAUAUCCAGCUUCUGAGAGAAUUCUCAAAUGAGUACCUAAACAAAUGCUUUUAUCUCACCUUGGAAGAUAUGCUGUAUGCUCCUUUAGUGUUAAAGCCUAAUGUGAUGGUUUUUAUUGCUGAACUAUUCUGGUGGUUUGAGAAUGUUAAGCCAGACUUCGUACAGCCUAGGGAUAUUCAAGAAAUAAAAGAUGCUAAAGCAAUAUUACAUCAAAAAAGCAAUCGUCCACCUGUUCCCAUUUCCAAUGCAACAAAACGAAGUUUCAUGGCAAGCCCCGCUUCUUCAAGCCCCGCAGAACCGCAGCCUUCCGCUCAACUCGCACCGGAGGCUUGUAACAGGUAUUACCUGCACCCUGAAGAAUCUGACUAUCUUGGGAAGGGAACCCCUGCCUUUAGCCCAUCCCAUCCUUUAUUGCCAUUGAGACAGAAACAACAGAAAACGUUACAGGGGGAGGAUGGCUCAGAUCAGCGACAUCGUUCCAAUUCUUUGACUCGCGUCGAUGGACAGCCCCGUACCGCAGUGAUAGCCUGGCCAGAAAAAAGGCCCAGACCCUUAUCUCAACCAACGCCCUUUGCUCUUCAUCAUGCCACAAGCAGUGACGUGGACCCUGGUUCUGGUGAUAGCAUUAGUUUAGCUCGAUCUAUCAGCAAAGACAGCCUGGCUUCAAAUAUCGUUAAUCUUACCCCAAAACAUCAGCCCCCUCCUGCAUCUGUCAAAACUAAUGGAAAAAGCUUGCUGAAUAAUGUUGAUAUUGAGGAUGAAGAUGAAGAACUUGUUGCCCUAAUUAGGGCAGAUGAAGUUCCCAUCCGAGGUGAACUAGAACUGCCAAGUACAUCGUGUCGGGCCUCUGGUUUAGUUGCAAGUGCCCGUUCUCCUAAAAGUCAAGUGGAGCAUGUAGAAGGUAAACCUGAGAGUUUUUUCUUGGAGCCCUUAAUGCCGGCAGUGCUGAAACCAGCAAAAGAGAAACAGAUUAUUAACAAGGAGGAUGAAUGUGGGGAAGGGAAACAAAGGAACUUCAUGACCAAGAGACUUAAUGAAGGACAUCAGCCUUCGGGUCGGAAGAAGACAAAUAACAAUCACAUCGAUCACAACCUCAAUAGAACUUUUACUCCAAUCCCUAGUUCAGAAUUUGGCACAGAUUCUGCUACCGCUGAUUCAGGAUUUCGCUCAACGGACACUGGAUUAGAACUCCGUAGACCUUUGAUUAGCGAUGGUUUAGAUCACUUACCUCCGGAACAUUCUGCUGAAGGCUUCUUUCUUCAUGUUACCAGAGCUGAAGAAGAUGUACCAGGCAAAGUAAAUGUUAGCUCUCUAAGAAGUGCUCAUUCCCCUGGACCAGAUACGUCAUGGGCUAUGAUAAGACAGGACUCAGACUCAGACAUCCUAGAUAUAGAAGAUGCUGAACAAGAUUUAAUCAGAGACGACACUCCGGUAGUUACUAUUGUGAAAUAUGUAGGAGAGGAAGAAUCUGCAAAACUUCAAGAGGAUAUGAAAGUGAAGGAGCACGAAGACAAGGAUGAUGCCAGCGGGCGUUCAAGUCCUUGCCUGAGUACUAUUUCUCAGCUUAGCAGUGUUUCCAUGGCUAGUGGGAGUGUACGAAUGACUAGCUUUGCAGAACGAAAACUCCAGAGACUAAAUAGCUACGAAGCAAAAUCCAGUACCAGUAGUUCCCAGAAGACCACUCCAGAUGCGUCAGAAUGCUGCCCAGCCCCUCUGACUACAUGGAAGCAAAAGAGAGAACAAAGCCCUAACAGGCAAAAUAAAGACCAUGCGAAUCUCUUGGCUUCGGAGCUAGUUCAGCUCCAUAUGCAAUUAGAGGAAAAGCGAAGAGCAAUAGAAGCCCAAAAGAAAAAAAUGGAGGCUCUGUCUGCUAGACAGCGUCUGAAGUUGGGUAAAGCAGCUUUUUUGCACGUAGUUAAAAAGGGCAAGGCAGAGGUUGUUCCUCAGCCACUUAAACCGGAACACUUUUCCAAAGAAUAUUCUAGGCACAACGGUGAGGAGUUUGAUGAGGGAAGCUCUAAAACUGAAGAAUUUCUUGUAAAAGAUGAGGAGAGAGAGGAUUUCCUAAAUGAUCCACAAGAGGCGAUAAAAAUGAAAAUCCAGGAAAAUGUAGCUUUUGUCCAGCAACACAAAUCUAGAGAUCCUGCCUCUAUGAAUGAACUUGAGAAAAGUAAGAUGAUUUCUGCCGCUCUCCUAGAGGAAAACGUUGCAGAGGUAGUUGAGAUGAAUGAAUGCGAUCUUUCUAUUGAGAAGCUGAACGAAACCAUUAGUUCGCUCCAACAAGCUAUCUUAAAGAUAUCUCAACAACAAGAACAGCUUCUUUUGAAAUCUCCAACGGUACCAACGCCAACCACUAGAAACAACUCUCAGGAGCAGAAGGUCAAGCCGGCCAUCCAUUUUGUUGAACCCCUCUCCCCACCUGGAAUGACCGGGCAUCGGAAACCUCGAUUUGGUCAGGGCCGGAGUCCCCGGUCAGCACGGCCAGCUGACCUCAAAGUUGCUAAAGACCGGCAGCAGAGCUCAUCCCGUAUUAAAACCCCAACACCGAGUCUGGAAACCCUGCCUCAUUUAAGGCCAUUUCCUCCUCAUGCCCAUCCACGGACACCUCCAGAAGCCUCCUUUGAAAGUACCCCUGAACGUGGAAAUGGUGGCCAAGAAAACUUUUUCUUCGACAGCUACAGGCUCCUUGAUGAGAGUAACCAGCGGUCUUUCGUUUUGGCCACUUCCAAAGAUGCGAACAUUCUAACGGAACAAGUGAGCCAAGAGGUUGUGAAUAGUAGUUUGAAAGAAACAGCGUUAAGCUCUUCAGAGGUCUCAGGAAAAGAAAAUGUUCCUGUGGAAGAACCCUUGAGGAGCAAGGCUAAUCUCAUUGAAGUAGAUCUGUCAGAUUUGAAAGCGCCAGAUGAAGAGGGAGAACUAGAGAAUCAGGAUAGUUCGGUGGAUUUAAUAAACGAAUGCGAUCAGAAACCUGGUGUUGGGUUCUUUUUCAAGGAUGAACAAAAAGCAGAAGAUGAGCUAGCUAAGAAACGGGCAGCAUUCCUCUUAAAACAGCAGCGCAAAGCUGAAGAAGCCCGUGCACGGAAACAGCAACUUGAAGCAGAAGUUGAGCUAAAAAGAGAUGAAGCCAGGCGCAAAGCGGAAGAAGACAGGAUACGAAAAGAAGAGGAAAAAGCACGACGAGAGUUAAUCAAACAGGAGUACUUGAGAAGAAAGCAACAACAGAUUUUAGAAGAGCAAGGACUCACCAAACCUAAAUCAAAACUGAAAAAAACACGCCCAAAAUCUGUCCAUCGGGAAGAAUCAUACAGUGAUUCAGGAACAAAAUGUUCUUCGACGCCCGAUAACCUAAGUAGCGCUCAGUCUGGCUCCAGCCUGUCCUUGGCAUCUGCAGCAACUACAGAAGCUGAAAGCGUACAUUCUGGAGGCACUCCAUCCCAACGUGUUGAAUCAAUGGAAUCCUUGCCAAUUUUGAGCAGGAAUCCUAGCAGAAAUACUGAAAGAGACUGGGAAAAUGCUUCCACAGCAUCUUCAAUUGCUUCAGUGGCAGAAUACACAGGCCCCAAACUCUUUAAAGAGCCCAGUAGCAAGUCAAACAAACCAAUUAUUCACAAUGCUAUAUCUCAUUGCUGUCUGGCUGGAAAAGUGAAUGAACCUCACAAGAAUUCGAUAUUGGAGGAACUAGAAAAGUGUGAUGCCAACCACUACAUCAUCCUAUUUCGGGAUGCUGGCUGCCAGUUUAGGGCACUUUAUUGCUAUUACCCUGACACCGAAGAAAUCUAUAAGCUGACGGGCACGGGGCCAAAGAGCAUCACCAAGAAAAUGAUCGACAAGCUUUAUAAAUAUAGCUCAGACCGAAAACAGUUUAAUGUGAUUCCGGCCAAAACCAUGUCUGUCAGCGUGGAUGCUCUUACUAUUCAUAACCAUUUGUGGCAAGCCAAGCGGCCCGCAGUGCCAAAGAAGACUCAGACUCGUAAAUGACAUUGAACUUGGGGAGAAUAAAUCCCAGUGGAUUAUGUUGCAAGAAGAAAUUGACCAUUUUUCUCCAAUUGGGUACAGAAUGUGCAAAACCAUAAACUGUUUUUUAAAGAGGCUCCUAAACACAAAACGAGAACUGCAGACUCCACCCACAAAACAUGGAUGCAAAUUAAAAAGAAUGAAGGAACAAUGCCAGUGUUUUUUUAUGACUUCAUCAAUCUGUUGUUACAGCCUAUGCUAACUACUGACAUGCUCAAAUGAGGAACUCUGUGCAUGUAGCAAGAUCUCAACCAGUGGAUUUCCUUUUACUUGAAGUUCUCCAUCGGUACAAAUUGGGAAUACAUUGAUAUGAUUUGUGUGUGUGAGUGUGUGUGUGUGUGUGUGUGUCCCUGGCCCUUUUCCUCUUCCACCUCACACCUCUACCUUCCACUUUUCUUACCUGAUACUUCUUUUGUCGAUAAACUGUAAUCUUCAGUGGGAGAACUGAGUAUUGAUUUUUGGGUCACAAGCUUUUCCAAUUCAAUCUUUAGAGGAAAAAGUAAUUUGUUUGGGGGCAUAUUUUCUUUUGAGGAACUCUCAUGUAUAUCAAAUUGUAUAUACUGCCAACUUUUAAGUCCAGUACUCAGAUUCCUGAAAAGUCUCCAAACCAUGCUGCUCAGAAAAAGGUUAUAGACGAUGACAAUAUCUUGUCACUAAAAGCACUGAAAGAUUACAAAAUCUGUCUCUGUAAAAUCAGUUUUUCAAAUUUAGAGAUGACUAUUUCUGGGACACAAUCAAGAGGCAAAAAAUUGUAAGUCGAUGUUCCAUUUGGAGUUUGCCAGAUCCUAGGCAAAACUCUUUGGAGCCAUUUCCAUUUCGAAUAAUGGUCUAUUAAUUUGUUUUAAUAAAGGCAGCUUUUGAUACAAGUAGAACAUUUCCAGGCUGAGCAUGUUCCUCUAAUGAUGGUGCACUUGAAUGAUCACAAACCCUUUAAUGUUUUUAUGAUGUCCUGAAAUGUAAUUCUACUUCCUGUGUCCUGUCUUUAUUUGGAAUGAGCAGCAUCCUCCAACCCGAGUAUGUGCAAUCCUUUUUUUUUUUUUUAAACAAAAAUUUUGGGGUGAUAUCAAGUAAUAUUGUUUUGUCUCAUUUAAAAAAAACACAUUUUAACCAGAUAUUUGCAGUUGUUUCAAAAAGUUCAAAUAAGUGAAACGGCUUUGAAUUCUUUUCAUGUUGAAAUAUUAAAUCUUGAAUUAUGGCCCUAAAAAUCUUUUAGUGUUUUUCAGCAGAUAAAUCUUGGCUUUGAACGCAAACUGUUUCUUUGUGCAUGUACGGUUCCUUUCAGCACGCAUGUUUUCAGAUAAACAUCUAGAGCUCUGUAGUUUCAGCAUAUUGGACAGUUAACUGAUUGCUACAGUACCUUGAUUUGACACUACUGCCUGAGGGCUUUAUAGGCGUGUAUGUUAGGUUUGCACUUGUUUACUUUAAAGUGUUACUUGAAUAUGUAUCUUGUACUGCAGAGGGCACUAAAGACCAGUAGGGAGAAACUGAAGUUCUAAAGACACGGGGUAUAAUUAUUAUAUAAACUUUAAAAAUGUGAGGUAAGUGCGUUGUGGAUAUAGAGGGGAAAAUAUGGUACAUAAUAAAACACUAAGUAGAACAAACUGCAUGUCUAUAAUGUCGCAGUUUUGUUAGUUUCCCCACCCUUCCAUUUUUUUUUUUUAUAUUGAAGAUUAUAGUUUGUUGCAAUUUUGUAUAUAUUGUGUUAGGGAUAGCUGGUUCCCUGUAAAUAAAUAACUAAAGGCUUUAUAAUUUCUAAAGUGCUGAGUAUUAAACACAGUCAUGAGUGUAAUUUUUCAGUUACCAUGCUUUUCAUGCUUGUGCUUUAUUUCUCACUGUAAGUUUGAUAUUAUCAUAUUUAUUUUAUGAAGCACUGAAAUGUAAUAAAAUCAUUAACUAAUUUGCUUUAUUUUAA